AAGCGUUUUCGUACGGGUACGUACGUUCUCAUACCACAUCCUGCAUCCAAGGCCCUUUUUCCUUGCAAAUGCAUGCCAUCUCGUACCAUGCCCACUUUCUCUGACAGACACCUCUCUGCAUCUAAUACCGUUUGCCCGCUAUUUACUGUUCAGGCACGGUGAUAUAUCCCACGACAAGAAGACACAGGAGACCGGAACGCUUACAUACAACAUGGCGCACAGAAGGCAGCUCUCGGGCUUUGGCAACCUUAAUGGCUCGGUCACCAGGGGGGGCGUCCACGACGACGAGACGACCAAGAAAACCCUCCACGGGAACCUGCACCCCCGGAGCUACUUUACCGAGUUCACCGCCAAGAAGGCCAUCAUGUACACCAUGGCCUCGUUCUACGUCGUUGGCUGCGGCCUGGCCUCGAUGGCGGAGCCCUUUCUGCACCUGGAGUGUUACGUCCCGGAGGGCGAGGAGCCCAUCGCCUAUCCCAACGCUUCCUACGAUGGCUCCCGGUGCCCCUGGGUCCGCUACGGGAUCCUCCUGGGGAUGAACAAGACCGAGUGCUCCUUUGGCCGCCGGCUGGUCAUGUCCAUCCUCAUGGGCGGCCUCAUCGGAUGGGAGCGACGCCAGGCCGACCGGCCGGCCGGGAUCCGGACCAUGUCCCUCGUCUCGCUGGGUUCGUGCCUCUUCACGAUCAACUCGGCCUUUGCCUUUGUCGAUGGUCCCGAGACCUGGGAUGCCUCGCGGAUCUCGGCGGCGAUCCCCUCGGGGGUGGGCUUUCUGGGGGCCGGCCUCAUCUUCAAGAAGACCAGCGACGACGACAACAUGGUGGUCCACGGCCUGACGACCGCGGCGUCGGUGUGGCUGUCGGCAGCGGUAGGUGCCCACCGCUGGAAUGCGAAUGCCUUGCAUUGGUUUGCCCGUAUUGCGCAGCGAUGCCUGUUUGGACGACCGAGUGGAUGGAUGGAUGGAUGGAUGGAUGGAUGGAUGAAUCGUCGAUGACAGCCCGUCGUCGGGCAGACAAAAUCGGAUUCGCGCUCUCACGACACCGUCGUCGCUAACCUGUUUGUUCGCUCUUUCUCUUGACUGACACGGCAACACCACAACGCACCGCACCAUUCGACAGGUCGGGAUCGCGUGCGGGGGCGAGCUGUAUUUUGCGGCUUCCUUUGGAACCUGCCUGAUGAUGCUCCUCCUGCGGUUCGGCCCGAGGGGACACGACGUAGAGGACGACGAAGACGACGAGGAGGAGGACGACGACGAAAAGAUCGACCUCUUACCGGAGGCGGUCCCGGCGAUGGUGAACGCCGAGACACCGCCAGUGGAAACCACGCAGCUGCUGCUCUCCCCGGGGGUGCAGCCGCCGCAGGAUGGCACAAACGGGAUGAAAAAGGUGUACUCGAUGAAAUCCCUCACGUCCGCCUCCCUCCGGAACUCGGGCGGGCGGGAACGAGCCAUCGACCGGAAACGGAGCAAGAGAGCGAACCUCGGAAGCAUCGUGUAGGCGGGCACGGCAGCGGCGUUGCGGCUCCCGCCCCCUGCCCACGUCCUUCGUUUGGCGGCGAAUUCUUCGCACAGCACGGCACCCCGUGCGACACUAGGGGCUUCGUUCUACACCCGCCGCGUUUGCUGGCGGGACCCGGUCGCCACUCGGUGUGGAUGGCAUUCGGACACCGAAACGGCCCCGUGACGAGAAAUCUCCCAAAGCCUGGGAAACCUUGCACCAUACCAGCGACGGUGGUGGGGAUUUCGUUUUCGGCUUUUUUUUUCGCAACGAGGCGGAACUUUUUAGAAACACAGGACCAAGCAAGGGACCGAGUAGUUCUUGCGUGUCUCAAAAUAACGAGGGUUUCUUUCA